CUCACUCACUCACUCACUCACACACACAUCCUCUCAAUCUCUCUCUCACACACACACACACACACACGCAGACUGACAGCGGCACACACACCCUCACGGAGCGGGACUGCGGAGCUGCGUGUCCGGACAGGAGGACUGAUGAGCGGCAGACGAUGGGACGUCACGUGUCUCUGAACAAACUGUGUUAACUGAAGGAAACUGAAGCGUCUCUGACAGCUCGAGCACGACGAGUUAACCAAUCAGACUCGCUGCAGGUAGCAGAAGGGGUCAAAGGUCAUCAUGCAGAGUAUAAAGUGUGUGGUUGUGGGUGACGGAGCUGUGGGGAAGACUUGCCUCCUCAUUUCCUACACCACUGGAGCUUUUCCCAAAGAGUACAUUCCCACCGUGUUCGACAACUACAGCAGUCAGGUGACGGUGGACGGCAGGGUGGUCAGUCUGAACCUGUGGGACACGGCGGGUCAGGAGGAGUAUGACCGGCUGAGGACGCUGUCUUACCCGCAGACCAACAUCUUCAUCAUCUGCUUCUCCAUCUCGAGCCCCGCCUCCUACGAGAACGUCAAACACAAGUGGCAUCCUGAGGUGUCCCACCACUGUCCCGGCGUUCCCAUCCUCCUGGUCGGCACUAAGAGCGAUCUGCGGAACGACGGCGAGACUCAGAGGAAGCUGAAGGAGCAGAACCAGGUUCCCGUCACCCACCAGCAGGGGGCGGCGCUCGCCCGGCAGAUCCACGCGGUCCGCUACCUGGAGUGCUCGGCCCUGAACCAGGACGGCAUCAAAGACGUGUUCGUGGAGGCGGUGAGGUCCUUCCUCAACCCGCAGCCGGUCGUCAGCAAGAAGCCGUGCGUGCUGCUGUGAGGACGAAACACUGAGAGGCUGACGAUGCCUGAGAGACUGUCUGUGCUUCAUUUCUAAAUGUUUGGUUAGAUUUUUAUCUUUGAAUAAGAAAAAGUGGCUCAGAUGUUCGUGUUGGGAACCGACCGACGUCGCUUCACUGAUGUGAUUUAAAUGUUUUUAAAGAUUAAAGUUAAAUGUUAAA